AUGCAGGAUGCCCAUCCUCGUGAAGUUAUUUCACUCUGGGAGGCCAAGAUUGAGGAGCCAAACUUUCAUCAUACGGAUCCUUCAUUAGUCAUUGUCCGCAAGUCCUCAAAGCAUAAAGUUUUCUCUGCAUCUGACGGGGACAAGCAACUACUUCGGUGGUUUUUCAGUGCAUGCAAGGGAAUUCCUCAGGAAAUAGAUUUUCCACAACCAUAUAGUCACACUAUUCCAGUACCUCCAACAAAUGCACCACCAUUUACUUCAGAAUACGAAGACAUAGAAUUGGCUAUGGCACUAAGUGCCUCUUCUCAGUACACUGUGGAGGAAGCACGGCCGCAAUGUCCUGAUACCCAGAUCAGCUCGGGAGGAAGCACUUCAAUUAUCUAUCAGAGUUCAGUGUUUGAAGCUGGAUCAAGUUCUAGUAAUCCGUCCGAGAGUAGCCAACCUUCUAUUGUCUCAACAUCAAUAACCUUAGCAAUCCAAUCACCUCAAUCUAUUCCAGAAGGCACAGAAGAUGACCAGAUGAAUUCACUACCUAAACCAGCAAAAACUGGAUUAGCGAGCAAUGAUGUAGGUGGUACUAGUACUACCUCAUGUAUAAUAUGCUAUGAUGCUCCGCGCGAGGGGGCCUGUAUUCCUUGUGGUCACAUGGUUGGAUGUGUGUCUUGUUUGAAAGAAAUAAAAGCAAACAACUGGGGUUGCCCUGUUUGCCGUAACAAGAUAGACGGGGUGAUUAAGAUCUAUGGUGUUUGA